GUUACGAAAUCUACAGAUGUGUGUGACCAUGGGCGUUCGGGGAUAGGUAAGGGCUUGAGCCUCCCGGCGGGGAGGGUCCGAGGUACUUUACUCUGUGCGCACGAUGAACAGGACUUCACCACCUUGUGUAUGUCUCCUAUCAUAUUGGGCCACCAGUAUUUCUCUUCCAGGAGAUGGUGUGUGCAUUGUGUUCCAGGAUGUCCCGUACCGAGUACCGUGUGUGCCCAGAUGAUGAGUUCUUGGCGGUACUCUUCGGGUACGAAGAGUUUGUCAGGAGGAAACUUUACAGGUACUUGGGACUGGGGAAGCUGCUCUAGUUCCACGUCCAGCUCCCACUCUAGCGCACUGAUAACACAUGAAGGACGAAUGAUGUACUCCUCCUGCUCGUUGACCCGUUCUGUCUGAUCAAGACGAGACAGAGCAUCCGCCUUUGUGUUCUUGGACCCGGGUCUGUAGGAUAACGUGAAUUGAAAUCUAGUGAAGAAUAGGGCCCAUCGGGCCUGGCGGGGUGUGAGUCGCUUUGCAGUGCGAAGGUACUCCAGGUUCUUAUGGUCCGUGAAGAUGACAAAUGGAUGUGUAGCCCCCUCUAACCAGUGUCUCCACUCUUCCAGCGCUAACUUAACUGCCAAGAGUUCCCGAUUCCCCACAUCGUAGUUUCUCUCGGCUGGGGAAAGCUUUCACGAGAAGAAAGCCACCAGGUGAAGUUUUGGCUUUUCUCCAAAUCGUUGGGACAGAAUGGCUCCUACCCCGGUUUCUGAUGCGUCCACCUCCACUAUAAACGGUCUGGAUGGGUCUGGAUGUUUGAUGAGGGGUGCAGUGGUGAAGGCCUUCUUGAGCUUGUCGAAGGCGGAUUGGGCAGUUGAAUUCCAUGCCAGACGUUUGGGUCUCCCCUUUAGCAGGGAUGUGAGGGGGUUGGCGACGGCACUGAAAUUCCUGAUAAAUCUCCUGUAGAACUUUGCAAACCCCAGAAACCUCUGUAGUUCCUUGAUGGUCGUGGGUGUGGGCCAGCUUACUACCGCCUGGACCUUUUCUUGGUCCAUGGAGAUUCCCUCAGGGCUGAUGACGUAGCCCAGAAACGUGAUGGUGGUUUUAUGGAAUUCACACUUCUCUGCUUUCACAUAUAGCUGGUGACGGAGCAGUCGCUGUAGCACUCGGCGAACGUGGUGAACAUGUUCUUCCCGGGAGUCAGAGUAGAUCAGUAUGUCGUCGAUGUAGGCAAAUCACAUGGCGUCUCAGCAUGUCACGUAACACAUCGUUAAUUAAACAUUGGAAGACCGAGGGGGUGUUAGAAAGCCCAUAUGGCAUGACCUGAUACUCGUAGUGGCCUGAAGUUGUGCUGAACCCAGUCUUCCAUUCAUCUCCCUCUCGGAUCCGGACCAGGUUGUAUGCACUGUGCAAGUCCAGUUUCGUGAAAAUGGUGGCUGUGCGUAAUUGUUCCAGAGCGGCUGGUACUAGAGGGAGUGGGUAGCGGUACUUGACGCAACAUUGGUUUAGUCCUCGGUAGUCGAUGCACGGUCGUAAACCUCCUCCCUUCUUCUCCACGAAGAAAAAUCCCACGGAUGCUGGAGAAGUGGAUGGUCGUAUAUACCCUUGGUGCAACGCAUCCUGAAUGUACUCUUCCAUGGCUUUUUGCUCACCAUGUCUGGUGCCAGGUGUGUCUGAUCAGAACUCCGGGGAUGGGGAGCGCAUGCGUGCCUGGGAAGUGAGUAUUGCAUCCUGGGAAUUGGAGUUAUGAUCAGACCGAGCUGUGACAUCGUGAAGAUUCCAAGAGAGCUUUCUGAAUUUUUGUUUCAUUUGUUUUAUUUCAGUGAUUUUUAUUUUUAUUUUUUCAUUUAAAAAAAAAAUCCAUUGUGUAAUUUUUUAUUGAAUUAUUUUGUUGCAGUUGCGUCAGGUUUGUGAAACCUCUUCUUGUUUCUUGUGAUGGUGCUAAAACAACAACAACAACAACAACACUUUGCUGGUUGCAGCUGUCAUAUGACGUCGCUUUAGUUCAACCAAGCAUGCUUUCUUUUCCUAUUGGUUGAAAGGCUUCAGUGGGCGGGGCGUCAAACUGGGGCUAAGAAACAUGGCAGUAUUUCCAAAGAAUUUCACUCACGAAAAAAAUACAUUUUUAAACAUUUAAACACUGUAUAGUGUACUAGACAAUAUUUCGUUCCUAAAUGUUCCUAACCCUAAGUAAUGUUUGCUUUUAGACGUGUGUGUGUGUGUGUGUGUGUGUGUGUGUGUGUGUGUGUGUAUCUUUGACCUGUCAAUCAAACGGCUUGACAAGACUAGCAAGUUUGUUCACCUGUUUGUAAACAUCGGACAGGUUCGAGCUUUCCAAAAGUAUGUUCAAGUUUAUGAACUUUUAACUUUAACCUUUAAACAAGCGGAUUUUCUUCCCACGAGGUGGUUUAUGAUGUAGAUUGUAUCCAGUUGGUGGACUUCUUCAGGAAGUAUUAUUUGUUAAACUGUAAACAAACAUUAGGGCUUUCAGUAUUCAGUAUUUCAGUGUUUCUUUUUCAGUUUUUCUGUUUCAGUAUUUUUAUGUUUCAGUAUUUUUAUGUUUCAGUAUUUUUAUGUUUCAGUAUUUCAGUAUUUUUAUGUUUCAAUGUUUCAGUAUUUUUAUGUUUCAGUGUUUCAGUAUUUCAGUGUUUCAGUAUUUCAGUUUUUCAGUAUUUUUAUAUUUCAGUAUUUCAGUGUUUCAAUGUUUCAGUAUUUUAAUGUUUCAGUAUGUCAGUGGUGUUGAUUUGAAUAAAAGUAAAUGUUGAGAGAAAAUUAUUUCAUCGCAGGCUAUCAAGCAGAAAUAUUAGCUGCUUUUUUUUUUAAAAAAAAUCAUUUUUUUUUUUACAUCAUUCAUCAACCAAAAAGUAAACAAAAAUAACACCUAAGUAAUUUUUUUCUCUGCAAAAGUCAUAUUUUGAAGAGCAGCAACAUAACUUAACAGUUCUCUGUUGUGUAAAAGCUGACAUUUAAAAACAUUUAGACAUUUAAAAACAAUUUGCAACGAUUUAUUUACGACCCUUGUGCCAUAUCUAACAGAGCCCCUUUUGUGACAUCCCUUCUAAUUCCGUAUAAUAACAAUAAUAACAACAUAAUUAAGUCGUGAGGUGUAGUGAUUCCUAGAUAUAUCGGCGCAGUUUAUAAUCCCGAGCUGAAAAUAAUCAAAAGGAAUCAAUUCCCUCUCCUCCUUGUAGCUCUUGAUUAUCGACCUACUUAUUAUGAUCACAUUUUAUCAAGUCCUUAUCUCGUUCCUAUCACAUGAUGGUCUCGUUCCUGGUGAAAGAGGCACUAAGUUACCCUUAGUAACUGUCUGAUUUGAGCAGACCACACAUGACCUCUUGACCCGGUUGGCAAGGGGUGAGCAGGACCAUGGCGACAGCUGGAGAGGGCCAGCUGCAGAGGGUUAUCAGAGAUCUGCAAGACGCUGUGUCGGAGCUCACCAAAGAGUACAAGGAGAACGGAGAGCCAGUCACUGACGACAGCACUAACCUGCAAAAGUUCUCCUACAAGCUGGAGUACCUGCUACAGUUUAACCAGAAGGAGAAGACCACGUUUCUGGGCACGAGGAAAGAUUACUGGGACUACUUUAGCGACUGUCUGGCUAAAAUAAAAGGCGCCAAUGAUGGCAUUCGCUUUGUCAAAUCCAUCCCUGAGCUAAAGACGUCGCUGGGAAAAGGCCGAGCAUUUAUCCGAUACUCUCUGGUGCACCAGCGGUUAGCUGACACCCUUCAGCAGUGCCUCAUGAACCAAAAGGUCACCAGUGACUGGUAUUAUUCCCGAAGUCCCUUUCUGAAGCCUCAUCUCAGUGUGGACGUUGUUAACACUCUCUACGAGCUCAACGAAGUCCAGUUCGAUGUGGCAUCCCGGGGCCACGACCUGGAUUCGGCCUGGCCCACUUUUGCACGGAGGACUCUGGGUUUGACCAACUCUCCAAGCCACAUGUGGAAAGCACCCAGCCGGAGCUCCAGCAUUAACAGCCUGGCCAGCUCAUACUCACAGGCCCCGGAGUUUCUCUGCAGUCCAGAGUUUGGAAAUAGCUUGCUGAAUGAGUCUGCAGAGCCGUUGUCUGAUUCUGCCAUCACCGCCAUGGACGAGCUUCGUCUGGAGCUGGAUCAGUCAGAGCUGAAACAGCGUGAGCUAGUGGAGCAUGUUCAACAGCUUGGCAGCGAGGCCAUAGAGCUCCGUGAAGUGGUGGCUGAACUGCAGAGGCAGCUGGACAUUUCAUUAGCAGCUCAGUCUAACCACCAGGAACUUCAGCUCAAGCUGGAGGUGUUGGCAGAGAGGGAACGGACUCUAGCCCAAGAUCUGGAGGUCCUGAGGAGACGUGAGGCUGUUAAAGAGGCAGCAGAUCAGGAAAUUCAGGGCAAGUUAGCUGCUGCGGAAAAAAAGAACGUGGAGCUAAUGGCUAAACUAGACGAGGUGCUUGAGGAGAAAGGGCAGAGGACAGCCAGCCAAUUUGACUCGGCCCAAAAGAUCCAUGAACUCCUGGAUGGACUGAAGGAAGCAGAGAAAGGCAGGAUGGAAGCACUAACACACGGUGAAGAGGAAAGGAUGCACGCGGAACGUCUGGCUGAGGAGCUCAGAAUGAAACAGCAAGCCCUGAGAGACGGAGAAACUAAAAUGGCCGCUUUAACAGAGAAGAGUACGAAGCUCAUAAAGCAGGCAGAAGAACAACGUAAUGCCAUGGACAAACUCCAGGAGGAGCUGUCAGUGAGAGAGAAGGAAGUAAGCAGUCUUCAGAAAGACCUGCAAGACCUUCAGCGCUGUCUGGAGGCGAUGGAGCAUCAGGCUGCCGAAGAGAAGAAAAGGGCCUUGCAGGAGAAAGAUGUGCUGCAGAAAAAGUUGAGCUCCCUACAAAAAAGCCUAGAAGGACAGGUGCAAAACCUAAAGGCACAACUCGGAGGUAAAGAAACUGAAUUUAUCUCCAGUGUGAAGAAGAUCAAGCACCUGGAGGCUGUAGCUGAGAAGAUAGCAGGAGAGAAACAGGGUCUGAGUGGGAGUAUAGUAAAACUGGAGACACACAUCGAAGAUCAGAGAAAGAUGAUUGACGAAUACAAGGAACAGUGCAACAAUCUCACAGAGCUGAACAACAAGCUCCUCAAGACAGUCGAGAAGAACAAGGAGACCAAUAAAGAGCUGAUGGAAAGCAAGGCUGUGUUAGAAAAUGAUCUGGCUGAGCUGAGGGCAUCUGAAAAGCAGCUCAGAGGUCAACUCGAUGACGCUAAAGUGACAGUGGAUGAGCGGGAACAGCGGAUGCGUGAUGAGAACCGCAGCCUCGAUAAGAAGCUCCAAAAAGCAAUCAUGCAGAUCAAGGAGUCGGAAAGCGUAGUCCACAAGUUGGAGCAGGAGAACACUGAUCUCAGGGAGGAGUGCUUAAAGAGUAAAGAUGCUCUCGCAGCUGCACAGGAAGAACUACGUAAAUUUACUGACCAGAUCAGGGAUCUCGAGAGUAGCCUAGAGGUGGCAAGACAUAACGAGACAAACCUCACCGUGCAGCUAAAGGAACAGCACUCACAGCUGGAGGAUCGAGAGAAGCUUUGUGAGGAGCUUCAAGAAAGACUUGAUGAACUAGAAGCCCAGGAGGGAGAGCUGGAGGCUGAGAAAGAAGAGGCAGAGCGAGCCUUGGAGAAGCAGAGGGAGAUGAUGGAAAGGUUGGAGGUCCAGAAGAAAGCGGUGGAAAAAGCUCAGCUGGAGAUGAUUGCCUGCCAUGCCACGGAAGCCCAGGAUAUGGCCUCGAAAGUAGCACUGCUGGAGGAGCAGCUGGGCCUGAAUGUGAAAGAAGUGUCCAGACUUCAGGACGAAGUGGUGGACUUGAAGGCCAAACUGCUUUUUUCCGAGGAGGACAAAGUAAAGGUCCAGACUAAGCUGGUAAUCACAGAGGCGUCUAGGGUAGAGCUGCAGACUUUGACAGAACAACUUAAAAUGCAAGCUGAGGAGCAGAACCGAAAUCACGUCAGUGAACUUUUACAGUUCAAGCAGCACGUGGAGGAGAUAUCAUCCGAACUAGACGUGGAAAGAUCUGCGCUUGCUAAAACAUCAGCUGACUUCGCUGCAGCUCAAGAGGACCUGGCUGUACUAAAGACCCAAAAUGAACGACUGGUCAUGGAGAACACAGAGACUAGAGAGGGACUCCACAGAGCCAACACGGAGAUGGCUGAGCUGGGAAUGACCAUCUGCAAGCUGACUGCGGAACGGGAGGAAGCUGAAGAACGACGGGUAGCCGAGAGCACCCGGAUCCAUGAGAUGGAGGAGCUGGGAGAGCGUGAAAAGGAUCGGCUGAACGCCAGCGUGGCGGCACUACGGCAGGAGAACGCCAGUUUGCGAGAGGAGCUCCUGCAAGUGGAGAAGCUUCCAGAAACAGUCCUGGAGUUGAAGGAGAUGCUGGAUAAAUCUGAGCGUGAGAGAGAAGUGGCACAUGAGGAGACGGCAGCCAUGAGGUUUCAGAUGAGUACGGAGAAUAUGGCGCACCAAAACCACGUGAAGGGCUUAAAUGAAGCACUUGAGAGUUUAAAAGCACAGCUGAGAUCUGAAAGCGAGAAGACGUCUAGCCUGGAGGUCAAAGUCUCAGAGCUUGAGACAGUGAAUUCAGAGUGCUCUCGACAGUUGGGCGAGAAAGAUUCGCACAUCACCAAGGCCGAGAGUCUGAUUCGCUGUGGAGAGGAUGAAAUACAUCAACUGAAGGAGAGAGUGACAUGCGGGCAGGUGGCUCUGGCGCUAGCGCAGACGGAGCGAGACGAGCUGAAGGAGAAGAUGGAGAAGGUUCAGUCUGACGCUCAAGCCGAGCAAAUCAAAAUGGCUGCCGAGAUCGAAGACCUCAACCACACCAAGACCAGGCUGGAGGAGCGGCUCAUCGAGCUCAUCAAAGAGAAGGACGUUCUGUGGCAGAAGUCUGAUGCGUUGGAGUUUGAGCAGAAGCAGAGGGCGGAGGAACAGUGGUGGUUAGUGGACCGAGAGGCUACACACUGUCUGAACUGCAACAGCCAGUUCACAUGGUGGCUCCGUAAGCAUCACUGCAGGUUAUGUGGGCGGAUCUUCUGCUACUACUGCAGUAAUAACUUUGUGAGUACUCGGUCCGGGGGGAAGAAGGAGCGCUGCUGCAGGGAAUGUUACACGCAGCACAGCGCCGUGGUGGAGAGAUUCACCCGCUCCGAAAUCAGCAGCCCCGCCGACACAUCUGCAGUACACGCACACACGGCCAACGCAUCUCCACCCCCACCUCCACCCCCGUACAUACCUACACCCAGAGUUACAGUGACCGAUCCGAACGCGAAGCAGGACGAUGGAGUGUAUGACAUCAUCACUGACGAGGAGGUAAACGGACUGUACGACAGCGACACGCUCUCGCAAACCACCGGAGAGUCACAGGACGGAGAAGCCGAAAGCCGGACCACUCAGGACCCUGGUGUUUCUGGUGAUGCGCUGGUUGCUGAGGAACAGGAGGAAAUGCCCCCGACUGUACAAGAUGCCGAAAUCCAUCUACUCAAAUCAGGAGAACUUGCCUCCUCGGUCCAGCUGCACAUCGAUGAGAUCCAGCGGUUCGGCGACGCCUCUCGCGAGCUCUUCGUCAAGUCCAGCUGUUACAGCAUCAUCUCCGUCACCGUACACGAGCACGGCCACGCUGUCGGCUGGGUUUUCUCAUCCGAGCCAAAGAGCAUCUGCUUUAGUGUCGUCUACAGGGAAUCCACGGACACAUCCGAGGAGCAGGCCAAGGUUCUGAUCCCUCUGACUCGGUGUAACGCGCACAAGGAGACCAUUCGGGGCCAGCUGAAAGCCAGAAACCCUGGAAUCUACACACUCAUCUUUGACAACUCCUACUCCAGGUUCAUCUCGAAGAAAGUCAACUACCACUUGACCACUGAGAAGCCCGUCAUCUACGAUGGAAGUGACUGCCCGUAGACGCACGGUGGAUUUUUUUUUUUUUUUUCAGCUUCAGAUUUUUUUGUUCAUUUUGUUACACGUUUAAUCAUUUUAUCCUGAGGCAUGCGAGCGUUUUCGGGUUCCAUACGGUUUUAAAAUAGCACUACCAGAACGAGACGAGGCGUUCCCGAGCACUCUGAGGUUUUCACACUUCUGCAUUAAGGUCGUGUUUGUUAUUAUCGAUGUGGCUUUCUGGCCAUUAAUAAGGGCUUUCGUUCUUUAAAUUUUUAAUCAUGACACUUUUUAAAUAGCAUAUUACAUUAGACGUAAAAGCCACACUACACACUACAUCAUCAAUUUGCUGCUAAUGGGAGUAUAUAUAUAUAUAUUUUUAUUUCCAGAUCAUUUUGACACAACCUUUCAUAGAUAAAAUCUCAAGCAUACACUAGAUUUUAUCACUGAAGUGUUGUUUUAUUUAAAAAAGCUCUAAAAGUAAAUCAAAGCCAAAUGAGACGGUGCACUUUACCAAAGCUAGAACACUCUCGCAGUCAGGAAGGUUUUUAAUAAACUGCAGCUAAAGUAGUCAAGUUCGACACUACAGGCGCUAAUCAAUUACGCUGUUAAAAAAAUCCAGGUGCUGUCAGGUUAUUAACCCCCGACAACCAAAGACAAGUCAGGAUUAUUUCACUAAAUAAAGUCUAUGCACACUAUACACUAUACUUUUUGGAGACUGUGUGUGGUGGCCUGGGAAAACUCUUCACAUGCUGAAAUUGUCAGUAAAGGCUUUUUGUCUUUCAUACGUAUCUCAAGUAGUAGAAAAGUUCUAUGCUUUUAAAGGACAUCGGGAGACAAUUUUCAUUCAGACUGCGGCGGAAGGAGCGUCACGGUGCCUGAUUGCAACUUGAUCAAAGCGUGGCGUUCACUGUGUGACGCAAUCACACUUAUUCUGCAUUCUACCUACCUCGAAAGUGGGAAUUCGGAGUUCGGAAUAACGUCAUUUUUGACGUUUGUGCUACGAAGUUGGAGGGGAGAAAAAAACAUGUACGACUCGAUGUUCAUCUUUUGUUAGCAACAAGCUAGAUAGAAAUUAUUGAGUACUAAAGUUACGACCUUUAAGGGACUGUAUUUGUUUAACUGGUUCCAUUUACGUUCUUUAAAACGUAAAUAAAAAACAUUUCUAUGUCAUUUUGGUCAAAUAUAGUAUAUUUCUUAUUUAAAUAUAGAAUUUCUUAGAGUUGUGCAGGCAGAAAAACCCAAUUUUUGGGCAAAACCCCAUUUUUUUUUGUGCUAGAUUUCAGACACAGUGACAUUGGACGGGUUUUCCCACACCACCACACAUAUGUUAUCGUUUUUGAAGUAGCUUAAUGUCAGAUUUUUGUUUUUAAAUAAAAUGAUAUGUACUGGAAAAGACACUAACCUCAAACACCCCAAAGUCAGCCACUAAGGGGCUUCAAAGUCUUUCUCUCUCUGUCUUUAUCUGAAUUUGACUAGAUUUAAUCACCGAAAUUAAAAUCCAUUCAAUUCAAUUCAGUUUUAUUUGUAUAGCACUUUUAACAAUGCACAUUGACUCAAAGCAGCUUUACACAAACAUAUAAACACAGGAUACAGAUUUUAAAUAUUCGAAUAUAAUCUAUGCAAAGUCACAAAUGGAAAGAAAUGUUUAUUAUUUACGCGUGAUUUUAUUUUAUAUGUACUUUCAAGUUCAAUGAAUUCUCUGAAUAGCUUUUUCACGUUUCUUUUUUUUGUCGUCUGUGGAAAACCCUAAACAGCGGGCUUCCUGUAUUUAAAAGUGUUUUUAUCUAGAAUUGUUCACCAUCCAAACAACCCUUAAAUGUAGAAAGCUACAGAAAGUCUUCCUCCCAUUGAAACCCCAGUUGGUUUUAUUGAUUGUAGUUUACAGUGUACACAAAUGUAUCAAUUAAGAAAAGACGUCUUCGCUAAUAACCUCAUUUAUAUAUAAAAAAAACACCACCACCACAAAUCGUCUGUUAGCGUGGACAACUUUUAUGCUAAUGAAAUGAGAACUAAAUGGCUUCCUUCCUCCGUGGAUGAGAAAGCAAGUUUUAGUAUUGUUGACUUUUACAGUGUUUCCCACGUCUGCCAACUUGUAUUUGUACAGCGUCAGGUUUACCGUACUCGCCCCGUAUUGUAUUACGGGUCGACGAGUUUUUCUAGCUGUCAAUUAUAGAAAGUACAGGAGGCAGAAAGGAUGCCGUUUUUCUUUCUCGUGCAGCGAGAACUGACUGCAGCUACUUUCAGCUACGUAUGUUCACGUAACGUCUAAACAUGUUUAGAUUUGGACGCCACUACAGGCCAUUGGAAACUAUGUAAACACUAUGGAGCGGAGACAAGUCACUGUUAUGAUGUGAUGUACGUUUUAAACGAUGUAAUAAAGUUUUAUUCAGCG